UUCCGCCGCGCGGUGGGGCGGUGCAAGAUGGACGCUCCGUGGGCUCGGGAGCAGCUCCGGCGGCGUUACCAGUUCCCGGCCGGGGCCGAGGCCAGGCUGGGCCGCGAGGGCGACGCCGGGACGGAAACCUCUACUGCUGUUGAGAAAAAGGAGAAACCUCUUCCAAGACUUAAUAUCCAUUCUGCAUUCUGGAUUGUGGCAUCCAUUGUUGUGACCUAUUAUGUGGAUUUUUUUAAAACCCUUCAAGAUAAUUUUCAUACUAGUAGCUGGCUUCUCUUUGGAGGGGCCUUGUUGCUGGUCAGCUUAUCUGUUGCACUGUACUGCAUUCUCUAUCUGGAGUGGUACCAUGGAAUUAAAGAAUAUGACGCCAAGUAUCCAACGUUGGUACCUGUUACAACUGCCACAUUUAUUGCAUCAGGAGUUUGCUUCAACAUUGCUCUGUGGAAUGUGUGGUCGUUCUUCACUCCCCUGGUGCUGUUCACGCAGUUCAUGGGGGUGGUGAUGCUCAUCUCACUCCUCGGCUGAUCUCUGAAGGUAAGGUCCCUGGUGCUCUGUGCAGGGACCACAGGCUGCCUGUGAAUGAUCCCAGCUUGUCUGCCCCAGCAGCAGCGCUGGGUGAACUCUGAGGGGAAAGGAACAGAGCUCCGUCCUUCUGUAAGGAAGGCCCCCAUGAUGACUGUAUGGGCACUGCUCCGUGUAGAUCACGUCACACACCUGAGACAGGCGUCCGCUUCUCUCAGCAUGCACAGCAACAACUGAAGACACUGCGUGUUCUUGAGCAAUUGUGGGACAUGGUUCUGCCACGUUCCAUUAAGAAACGUGAUGGAUGACAUGCCAACCUUUAUUUUUCUCAUGUCAGUGAGAGGAUUCCUAUGUCCCAGCAGACCGCCCGCCCCGUGCGUGGUCUGCUUUUCCAGUGGCAGCUAAGCUGCGCAUGCAGGCAGCACCGCAGGCAUGAGCAGGCACCGGGCUGAGGGGUGGCGAGAGGACCGUGGUGGCAGUGGCACUCCCGGGGCUUUGCAAGCUGCUGUGUGUGGAAAGUGAUACCCACACCAGCGCCCACAGACCUGGAGGAGAUGGACAUUUCAGCUGACCAGCAGCACGGGCUGCCUGAGGCCGGCUGAAGGAGAUGGAUGUGGACCUACUGCUCCAGCUCUCAGUGGUUGCUAGUGCCCUGUGCCAUGCCGAUGUGGACAGCGUUCUCCAGACAUGCGCUGCCGAGGGUCCCGAGUGCCUGGUGCAGGUGGACGGCUGGUCCCUGGGCACCUGUGUCAUCUCAAGUAGUGCGUGGGUCUCGAUACAGGUGACCCCGACCCCCAUCCUUCCCCUUUGGGGGCUACUGAGUUUACGUUUCCUACAGGACUUCCUACCCACCUGGGUUGGUGAUUGGUGGCAGAGGUGUUUAGAUUACACUGUGCUUUUUAAUGUUUACUCAUGAGCUUAGGGACAGAAAUACUCUUUUCUUUCAGACUGCAGGCCCCUCCGCUGGCUGGAGCAUCACAGGGACACGGAAGGCUACAGUGUGCUCUUGUAUCCACUGCGUGAGUGGUGGAAAUUUGGGGCUGGGUAGAUUCAUUCAAUUGAAAUCAGAAUAAAUUCUAGUUCACUUGUAUAUUUCUCAAACUCAAGUGAUUCUUGAAUAUCUUAGGAGUUUGUAUUAUACA